AUGGCGACCUCCAUUCAAAACGCCACUUUCCUUUUCCACAAUUAUUCUCUGGGUGAAAGAACCGACAAGGAACAGUCUGUUGUGCUGAAUCGUUAUUUUAAUCAUGCGUUGACUGUGAUAUUACCUGGAGCAAGUGUCAUUCCUCACCCAGUUCUUGAAUGUUUCUCUGAUCAGCUGGCCUACAGACUUCACAGAUUGCCCUUGUACAGACUGAUAGAGAUUCCUUUCAUUCAAGCAUUUGUCAAGAAAGGAGCUGUCCACAUGAUGUCUGUGAACACAAAACUGGAUACCAGUGAUUGUGUGGCAGUGACACCGUCAGGAUGUCUGUUGCUUCAUUUGACCAAAGACACGUAUGAACAGUUAGGAUUGGAAGCCCGAAAACAAACUUAUCAUGAGAAAAUAUCAGACAUCUAUGUUGUGCAGAUAAACCUGCUGGCAGAUCACUUCCGGCCAGGUAAGAAGGGCUACGACCGAGUUCUCUGGUGCCUAAAGGACAGAUUGGACCUGGCAUUUAACUUUCUGGUGGCUUGGGAACCCCAUGAUGACAAGGUUUGCAGCAGUUCUCUGGGUGUCUACUUUGCGGAGAAGUGUCCCAGAGUCGAGAGGGUUGCUCAAGAGAAAACAUCACGAGUGUUCACAAGCUUGCCGUGUCCAAAGAUUGAUGCAGUCCAGCCAGAAGGUUCUGAGGAUGGCUGCCAUUACCAAGAGGUCUUCGAGUGGCUGGGAGCCGUGGCCUGUGGCAUUGACAUAACUUCUGAAGAUACCGGACCAGAUAGCUAUACAUCCACCUUGGCAUGUCCCGACCCCAAGUACAAUUGUCCUCGUGGAUGUGUGUUUCAGGUGUCUGGUUUUAUUACUCCCCAAACUGUCCUAAAAGUUUGGAAAACGCUCAGAGAGUACACAGCCUGCCACCCAAGAAAGCUUGCCGACCAGCCUGACUGUGCAUGGGUUUGCCGACAGCCUCGUCACUCACAAGCUGGUUGCACACAAUUUCUAUGUCUGUGGAGAUAA